GAGAGGAGGCAGGUCAGCCCGUCCCCUAGCUGCAGUCACACUCACACGUGGCCGCUGCUCACCAUGCACAUAACCCAGCUCAACCGGGAGUGCCUGCUGCACCUCUUCUCCUUCCUAGACAAGGACAGCAGGAAGAGCCUCGCCAGGACCUGCUCCCAGCUCCACGAGGUGUUUGAGGACCCCGCACUGUGGUCCCUGCUGCACUUCCGUUCCCUCACUGAACUCCAGAAGGACAACUUCCUCCUGGGCCCUGCUCUCCGCAGCCUCUCCAUCUGCUGGCACUCCAGCCGUGUGCAGGUGUGCAGCAUUGAGGACUGGCUCAAGAGUGCCUUCCAGAGGAGCAUCUGCAGCCAGCACGAGAGCCUAGUCAAUGAUUUCCUCCUCCGGGUGUGCGACAGAACCGAGCUUCAUGCCCCCAAUCUGCGAGGUGUGGAGUGGACCACCCAGGCCUCUGUACUGGUAACGCAAGGGGCCCUGCUGUCACAUAAAAAGCAAAGGGCUUGGCUAUCGGGGCUCUCUGCUGAGCUGCCCAGUGCAUCCAACCAUGUGACCCCAGCUCCAGUAUCUAAACUCUUGCAACCUUAUUUCUUCUGUAAAAUGUGCUAAAUUUUCCUUAUCCCACAGGGUAAGAGGAUUAAAUGACACAGUGGCACCUGGCACAUAGUAGGCACUGAUGAACGUCUACCGAAUCUGGUUCUUCGGGCACACAGCUCAGGUUGGGAGGAAUGGCUGAGGAUAGCUAGGCAGGGGACAGUCGGCUCCCCCCCACCCCAUUAGAAUUAUUCAAAAGGUUCUUAUGGAAACGAUCAUCCAACACCUUUGAGGCUUAAACACCUAAUCCUUAUAACCACCUUGGAGGUAACAAUUCCUCCCACUUCACAGAUAAGGAAGUGGCACCCAGCAAGGUUCAGGCAUCUGUCCCGGGUCCGCAAAUAAAUCACGGGCCAGUCACUUGGGCUCCCUGGGCCAGCUGCCUCAUGAACAAAACUGCGGGUGUAGAGGUUGAAUGGGGUGAGGAACGAAGGCACAUGAACCUGAAGGAGGCCUAGGCUCUGUGUGAAACGUGGCUGGGUCCAGCAUAUUUUAGUUCCUUACUUCCCAGGCCAGCCACCAAGGAGCUCAGCUGGCCCAGCGGGGGCAGUCGCGGAGCUGCAGAGGCGGCUGGCAGGGAAAGGGAAUCCCUUCCCCAGACCAGACUCCAGCUCCUCCUUGCUGUGGAGAGCCGAGCCCCCUGGGCCCAUGAGUCGGUCCUUCUGGACUGGAAGCGGCUAGUCCCGCGCAUUAUGACUGCCUGUGGAGGGCCCGGCUGCAGGCUCCUCACAACCCCAGCGGUAGAUGUUAUUCCCCCGACGCAGAGGAAAGCAAGAUUCUGGGAGUGACAGACAUGGCGACAAGCCAAGUCUAACUUGGCUCAAGAUCUUUUCUCGCUGGGAGGGGCUGAUGAGGCGGCAAAAGUGGGUCCCCCCAAGCUUUCUGGGCAAGCGACCUGGGUGCCCCUGACUGUACCUGCUCAGGGCCUGCCUCGAGCCGCCUCCGAUCUCUGCCCUUUUCCAGGCUGGUGCCCCAGGGGAGGCAGGAACAGCUCUAGUCAACUAAGCUGAACCCGGAGUCAAUGCUGACGCCUGCUCCCACCACCGCGAGGGUUGGGAUGGUCCUGUCACUAAGCCACCUACAAGGAACAAAUCCCUCUUCCCGCUCACGUCCCGCCGGUACAUUCAGGGGCCUCAACUUGAAGCUAGACUGGAGCAGUGGCCACGCACUGCUCCCCUGCAAGCCAGCACGUCCGGAGCUAAACAAACAAGGGCUGUGGCUCCUGAAACGGGCCAUUCCCUCUGUCCACAGCCGCCCCAGGACUCUGCUGAGCCGGGGUCGGAGCUUUCCCACCAGGGGCUCCUCAGGCUGCGAGCCACGAACCCACGUAGAUGAAGGUACGCUGAGAUGCAGGGGCAGAAAGAGCAGGGAAAAUGGGCCGGCCAGAAAGCUGACUUGGAACCCUGCGAGUCGUCGCAGCCAAGUGUCUUCACUUCGCAGGCCCCGAGUCCUCGGUAAAUAAAUACGCCCAGUCCCCCGCGGCGGUUGGGUGGCUUCAACGAGCCAGUGGGCCCCGGUUCACCGCGCUUUCCCCACAGGUGCCCCAAUCUGGCGUCCCUCACUCUGUCGGGCUGCGGCCACGUCACCGACGACUGCCUGGCGCGCCUGCUCCGCUGCUGCCCACGCCUGCGCGCACUGCGCCUGGAGAACUGCGCGCGCGUCACCAACCGCACGCUAGCGGCCGUGGCGGCGGAUGGGCGCGCGCUGCAGACGCUGCACGUGGACUUCUGCCGCAACGUGAGCGCGGCCGGCCUGCGCCGCCUGCGCGCCGCGUGCCCGCGCCUGGCCCUGCGCGCCGAGCACAGCGCCGCCAUGCUGCCCGACCAACCCCCGCGCCCGCGCGCGCCCGCCGCGGCCCUCGGCAAGCUGCUGCAGCGCUAGAUACCGCCCCGCCGCGGCCCCCGCGGAAGGAGCGCAGCCCCAGACCAUCCUGGUUUCGACCCCAGCUCUUCCACCUUCCAGACCAGCACCAAAUCUGAGCCUCAGUUUCCCCGUCUGCACAGUGGGGAUAACAAUGCCUACCUCACGUUACGACAUUAUACCCAGAGGAACGCAAGAUUAAAUGGAUGUUUGGAAAAGACUCGGCUGGUUCUCACUCAACAUCACCGCCUUUCCCCUCUAGCUUCCGCCCCAGCUCUGUGCGGUGCGCCCCCAACGGCAGCGCGAGGUGCCUUGCCGUCCUCGAGGACUCUGCUCGCCGCUGGGUAGAAAUCACCUCGGUGGGGAGGGCCUCACCACUCGGGGGCUUGCGCCCGGGGCUGAGAGGCCAGGGCUGCCAUGCGCAGGGGCCUGGAGAGCCUCCGGGCGGAGCGACCCCUCGAGACCCAGCCGGCUCCCGGAGUGUCCUGGGGACCGUCGCUUCCAGGGGCCCCCGGUAGUGAUCUCGGUGAAGCAGGAGGAGGGAAAGCCGGGUGCCCCUCCCUGCGGUUUGCCAGCGCGCGCGCCUGCCUACUCGCCUUUGCUGGGACAGAUGAGUUCCCGGAGUGACCGCACUCGCUAUUGUAGAAAAUUCUCUCCCAAUUGUUGAAUUCUUACAUAAAAUGCACAGUUACCCAUAUUUUCUACUGUUCUCAUCUCAUAAGGGAAAAA